CGCGGCUGAGCCCCAGGGGUGGCGUCAACGACGAUCAGGGUGCAAAAGCAAGUUUAAAUAAAACACGAAACUACGCCGAGAAGUAGAAGAAGAAGUUAAAUGCGCAGCCGCGUCAGCGGCUGCAUCGUUGAUCAUGCAUCUCCACUCUGCAACAGCUAAACUAUUGGCGGUGAAAGAAAGUCCGGGCUCGACCUGUCGAUCAUGUAGGGUGCGCAACCCUAAUACUCACGCCAUCGCGGACCUGCAGCUUAGCUUCGGCGCAUGUUGGCCCAUCAAAGGAUGCAUACCAGAACAGUAUGCCAAGUAAUUGCGACUGAAACCCCUUGGGUAUCUAUAUAAAGCUCAUCAGAAUGAGUUUCACCAUUGACCAAACAAGGCAGCCAGGACAUCUUCUGAUUCCGAAGGUCUUUGUAAUCGUAAUCACCCCUCACAAUGCCGUCAAUCCAGUUCAUGCCUGAAAGGGAUCCCCCGUCGGACGCAGCUUACCCUUCCUCAGCGGAACGGGCGGGAGGAAAGAAUGUACACAUUACAUACAAUGACACCCUUCGCCUGCUCAAUGCGCUCAACACCAACUUUGCGUAUCGUCAACUCCAGAUCGAGACAGUGGACCAAGAUGUCUUCAUCCAGGACAUGUUGAGAUGGUGCCGUGCUGUGGGAUAUGAGAGUCCCAAUUUCGAUCCCUUGAAUGCGGUGCACAUUGCCGGAAGUAAAGGCAAAGGUUCCACCUCGGCGUUUAUCUUCUCGAUUUUGUCCGAGUACCAGAGUCACGAGAACCCAAUCAAGAAGCUGGGACUUUACACGUCACCUCAUCUGCGCACUGUCCGAGAGCGCAUUCGGAUCAGCCCCUCCAACGAUACCCCUUUCCACCACACGUCUCUGACCGAAGACCAAUUCGUCCAGUACUUCUGUGAUGUCUGGGGCCGACUCGGUCUGACAGAGGAGACCGCCAAGAGCGGCCCUCCCUUUGCCCGCUUCCUCACCCUGGUGGCCCUUCACGGGUUCCUGCAGGAGAAAGUCGACACCGCCGUGGUCGAAGUGUGCCUCGGUGGCCGACAUGACUCAACCAAUGUACUUCACAGACCUAGUGUCAGUGCAAUCACGAGUCUCGCCCUAGAGCACACCGACGUUCUCGGCAACACCAUCGAAGACAUCGCCUGGGCCAAAGGCGGCAUCAUCAAGCCCGGUGUCCCGAUCUUGACUAUUCCCCAAGCUCCCGGCGCUACCGCUACCCUGCAGAAGAUCGCCGCUGAAGUAGGAGCGCCACUGACCAUUGUCUCCAUGCACCCAGAAGUGGAGACCAUGGAACUGGGACUAGCAGGAGACUUCCAGAAGAUAAACGCUAGUUUGGCCAUAGCCGUAGCGGCGACCCAUCUACGCAACAUGGGCUACUCGGACAUUCCCGAGGACAUCACCUCCGCUCCCCUACCGGAGAAAUUCCGUCGCGCCCUGGAGACCGCCAGCUGGCCGGGCCGCUGCGAGACGCGGGACUGCCGGUCCGGUCGGUUCCAUCUGGAUGGCGCACACACCGUGGAGAGCAUGGACCUGGUGGGAUCCUGGUUCGCGAAGAAGGCUGCACCGCAGCAGGACUCCGCGAAGCGGGUCCUCAUCUUCAACCAGUCCACCCGCGAUGCUUUCACCUUGGUGCGCCACCUCCGGGAUAGCAUUCGUCAGACUGCGGGUAAUGGGAGUAGCCUGGCUGAGAAGCCGUUCCAUCAUGUCAUCUUCUGCUCCAACAUCGCCUGGGAGAAGGAUGAGACGGCGGAUAUGGAGCGCGCGUCCAUGACCUUCCAUGGUAAUGUGGGCGAGGAGAACCUCAACCUGCAGGCCCAGCUGAACACUUACUGGCGCGGUAUCCCCGGUGAGGAGUUGACGGGUAUUACUGUCGUGCGCACCGUCGAGGAAGCUAUCCGCUGCGCGGGGGGUGUUGGCAGCGUCGGUGGCCAGGGCCGUGUGCCGCCGCUUGUGCUCAUCACGGGUAGUCUGCACUUGAUUGGAAGUGCGUCGGAGGUGUUGGAGACCCUCGAAGAAGAGGGCCUUUACUUGUGAGAAGCUACGCGGGGUCUGCUGUGAACGAACUCAUUAUUUUAUUUCGGAUGUAUUAUAUUAGGCUUUCCUUUGUUUAGAGAGAUGUAAUCAUACAAAAGGGGCACGAAUGGGGGGUAGUGAUAUGUAUUCAUGAAUCAUAUUUCGGGUUACCGAGUGGAGGAUCAAUUGAUAUC